AUGUUCAUUGCAUACGACCCAUCAUCCGACAAGACAAAGUCCAGCUCUAGGCAAGCGAUUAAUGCGUUCGUCGCGGCCACUGCUAGCGUCAAGCGUCGCGACUUGAAGAACAAAGACGAGGCCAAUGAAAUCGCGAUAAAGAUGAAAUGGCUGCAUGAACGGCCAAUCAUUAUGACCCGUGGGGAGAAGGAGACGGAGGACGACACAAUAAGGGAUCUUCCUCCCGUGUCAGGUGGUGAAAAGGGAAAUAUUGCCGGCGACGGGGUUAAGGUCAAGGGCCCAGCUCACGGCAAAGGUCGACCAUUGGCUGAUCGCUCGAGGAUGAGGCGUGCGGUUCGUGAUGGGCAAGUUCCAGGCUACGCGGCGGUAGAAUCGCUGAUAGGCAGUGCCUAUACCUACCCGGUUCCCAAAAAGGCUUACUAUCCCGCUCUGCUCUUCCAAAGGCAGAAUGCUUUCCUUGAAGUGGCAGAUCAGUAUCGCGACACCUUUGCCUACAAUAUCCACAAUUCAUGGACUCAGACGAUCCUCUCAGACCCCUGUCUCUUCCACGCAACCAUGUUUGCGACUUCAUCGUACGGAGACAUGGCUCGUCAGACGCCAAACAAUCCUGUCACGAUUCGCCACAAGGUCGAGACGAUUCGCCUACUUCAAGAAGCCAUUGUCAGUAGCCAGAGCCAUGGAUUGUCAGAAACCGCACUUGCGGCAACUACGUACUUGCUAUACUUCGCGAAACUGAAGGGGAACCUCGCAGAAGGAAACAUGCAUGACGCCGGGAUUGAUUCCAUGGUCAAGUUCAAGGGAUCCAAGUCCCUCGCCACCGACAGUUAUGCGCACUACCUCCUUCAGAUUCGCCACGUUUGGAACAGCACUAUAGACCGAAGAGACACAGUAUUUACAUCACCCGUAGCAGGGCCCAGGCCCUUAAUGGGGCACUACACGAGCCUGCUUGCAAUAGCCCUGCAGAAACAGCUAGACCGACCGCCCCAUUUUACGCUUCCUUUAUCCGUCCUAGAGUUUAUGAUUACUUUCGAUGACCAUGUGGCCAACGCCUAUGACUUUCUGGAUUUGGGCCUUUCCCCGGCUUCACCUCCUAGCAGCCUAGGCUCCCCUCCUGAUACUGGCAACGAUGAUGCCCAGCGUGACAUUCAGUGUGCACUCGACUGCUGUAACAUUGCUGCCGGGAUAUACUGGAGGGCCAUCGUCUCGAGAAGGCAACGGUAUCCGCAACCGGACCCCUUCCUUGCCUCGGAUAUUCAACAUCUAAAAGCAGCCGUCCUGCAGUCAGACACACUCUUCUGGCUCAGGUACGGGCCUGAAGUUCUACGAUGGAUCCUCAUGAUCGGUGCAGUUGCUGCGCCUAGUUUGGCAGAUCAGUCUUGGUUUAUAGCGCGUUGCUACAUGCCUUCCGCGAUUAUUCGGCCGCAGGAUCUCGAGGCGUUUAUACUUGGGGUGGACCAUAUGCUUUGGUUGUUCAAUCAUUCAUGA